AUGGAAAAUCAUCCUACAGGAGCCAAGUCCGACUCCAAGGACGCAAAGGCUAAAGCCGCGAAAAAGGCCGCACUAAAGGGAGCGUCGUCGACGAUCAAGCGCAAGACACGCACCUCGGUCUCCUUCCACCGUCCAAAGACACUCCGUCUGCCCCGUGCACCCAAAUAUCCACGCACAUCGAUCCCUCAUGCACCACGAAUGGACCAAUACCGCACCAUCGUCUCGCCACUCAACACCGAGAGCGCGAUGAAAAAGAUUGAAGAGCACAAUACGCUCGUAUUCAUUGUGGAUGUAAAGGCCAACAAGCGUCAGAUUCGCGAAGCCGUCAAGAAGCUCUACGACGUCCAGGCUGCAAAGAUUAACACCCUCAUCCGACCGGAUGGAAAGAAAAAGGCGUACGUCAGAUUGACGAGCGACUUUGAUGCGCUCGAUGUGGCGAACAAGAUUGGUUUCAUAUAG